AACAGUUUUUUAAGUAAAUUUGGAUGCAAACUUCUUUUGUAUGUUCAGAGAGUGAGCAGGGGAGUAUCUCUUAGCAGCACCUGCCUCUUGAGUGUGUUCCAGACCAUCAGGAUCAGCCCCAUGAACUCCUUUUGGAAGGAUCUUAAAGUCAAAGCCCCAAAGUAUGUUGGCUUCUCCAUCUCCUUCUGCUGGGUCAUGUACAUGUUUGUAAAUUUAAUUUUUCAUGUGUAUGUGUUUUAUGUGUCUGAUAAACGGAACGUGAAAAACAUCACAGACGAAGGAAAUUUAUGGUACUGUUUUACUAUAGAUCAUGAGACAGUCACAGCCCCGCUCUAUGCACUGUUGAUAAUAUUCUCUGAAGUUUCAUUUUCUGGGCUCAUGAUCUGGGCCAGUGGCUCCAUGGUUUUCAUCCUGCACAGGCACAGGCAGUGGGGCCAACACAUUCACAGGACUAAUAAUGUCUCCCCAGAUCGUGCUGAGUCCAGAGCCACCCAGAGCAUCCUUAUCCUGGUGACCACCUUUGUGUCUUUUUACUUACUCUCCUCCAUCUUUCAUGCUUGUAUUGGUCUUUUUUAUAAUCCCAGAUGGUUGCUGGUGAAUACUGUUGUGGUGAUUUCUGUGUGUUUUCCAGCUGUCAGCCCCUUCCUGCUCAUGAGUCAAGACUCUACUAUACCCAGGCUCUGCUUUUCCUGGAUAAGGAACAUAAAAUCCUUUAAUCAUACCAGGAAAAAUAAAUUGUAUGUUUUUGUACAGUAUCCUGUUGUUAAUUCAUUUCCCAUUCUGGAAAAGUCAACAAUGAAUGUAAGGAGAAGCCACAUACCAUUCAAAGGAGGACACUGAUGCGCAUUGGCGUUUCAUCGGCCGCUUCAGUAUGGGACACACGUAGGCAGAAUGGAGGUGAAUACAGCAGCUUGGCCUCAUUCUGAUACCUGUCAUCCUGAAAACAGUAGUUUCAUCAAAUGCUUUUUGAGUGAAAUUGAGUGGAUUUGGUGCUAGCUCCACAGUGAGAUGAACCAGAGUGGUUUCCCAGGAGUGUACUCAGGGGCAUAUCAGGUAAGCGUGAAUACAGUAGUGAGGGGUGGAUAUUGUUGGGGGCAAUUCUGCCUGGAUUCCUAUGCAUGUGCAGGUCUUUCAGGCAAUGGCAUGGGCAGCUUUUAUUGUAGACUGUAGUUCAUAGAUGUUCUAUAGGAAAAAGCCUUAGAUCAUAGGGAGACUGUCACGUUUGGGGCAGAGGACAGAUUUGUUUGCUGUACAGGGAACAACAGACUCUAGCUAAGGAAUAGCAACACCUAAGGCAACAAGAAUUUUAGAAGUUCAGGGAAGAAGUUAAGGCUGAGAGGUCCCCUGAUCCUUAGCUUACAUUAAGAGAAGACCUAAGACAUGGUGGAAACCUUUCAGAAGUUAAAUGGGGAUCAGGAGCCACUACGGGCUCCAGUAACCACACCAUGGUCUCCUCCACCAUGAAUGCUGGUUGCCAAUGUAGUAGGAAAGUCAUUUUUAACAAGCUGUUUUUUGGGGUUUUUUUUAAGAUUUUAUUUACUUAUUAGGACACAAGCAGGGGGGCGGCAGAGGGAGAGGGAGAAGCGGACUCCCCACUGAGUGGGGCACUUGAUGCAGGGCUUGAUCCCAGGAUCCCAAGAUCAUGACCUGAGCCGAAGGCAGACACUUAACUGACUGAGCCAUCCAGGCGGCCCACAAGCUGUUUUGAUGGUGAGUUGAAGCUAAAUUUGGAGGUAGAGUCCCAGCACCAGUUUCAAAGUGGUUCCACUACAGUGCCCUCCUCAGCAACUUGGCUUUUAGUGUUUCGCUGGCUCAUCUCCAGACUGUAUUUGGUGGAAAUCUGUUAGCAUCCCAGGUGUUGUUAGAGCCCUGUGGAGGGCUGAGGGAACACCCCUUGUAGUUGGACCCCAAUACCCCAAAGCUGUAGGUUCCAAAGGUCCACGAUAAGAAUUCAGCCCCAACUGAAGGGACAGAUGAUUGUACAAGAUUGAAAUCAGGAUGAUAUUAAGGACAGAAUGCAGAACUAGAAUCUCCCAUUCCAGAGGGAAGAGUUCCCAUCAUCCUUUCAAACAUAAAGCAGAAAUAUUUGUGCACAAAAUAAUCCAUUCCUGCCAUGGAAAGGGCAAGCUCAGGCAUAUAUAUCAGUGACUUCACUCCAGGAGAGCAAAGACUGGAAAUUCCUUUUCCAAAAGCCACAUAAGAAUCAGCUUCUGAAAAAGUCUGAAUCCACUUACAGCCAGAGCUCUCAUUGUGAACAGUAGGGAUAGUGAAACCUGGGAGAGCCAGACAGACCUUGGCCCAAUCCUAGGAAAGAAGCGAGUGCACACAUGAACUGCAAGCAUUGGAGGAGGUCAGCUCAGCAGUGGCCCCAGGACAAGGGAGAGGCCAUGGACGGACUCAUUAGUGACCAGAAGCC